AAACAUAUCAAGAGAUGAGCAAGAUGCCUUUGAAAAUUUUUGGCGAGAUCUAACAGAAAUUGUACAUGAUCUUCAACAAAAUGAAGAUGCUGUAUGGAAGCAAAUUACAGCUGUAAAAGAUCAACAAGAGGAUUUACAUGAAACAUGUAACAAAUUAGGAAAAGCAUGUGUUAAUACUGAAUGUGUUGUGGCCGAUGCUGAAUUAUUAAUCAAAGAAAGCGUUAAAUGCAUCAAGGAUAUUCGCGAAGAAUUCUCUAAAACACAAGAAGAUAUGAGAAAAGCUCUUGAAAAUUUAUCCACAGGCGUAAUUGAUAAUUCCACGACUCAACGUGUAAAUUUUACUUUAAAAGCGAUGAAAGUAGAAGAUGUCUUUAACAAAUUAUAUGUGCAUUUAGAUAGCUUUGUAAAAAACUUGCACAAAAUAAGAACAAACUUAGUAAAUGCACAAAUAAAAAAUAGAAAUCUAGCAAUGAAGAAAUUGAAGAAUAUGAAAAAUGAUGUAAACAAAUUGCAUGACUACCUUCAAGAAUGUGAUAUAGAGAAAGAACACUUAAUAGAUUCAAUCAUGGACAUAUCUAGGGAUUCGAUAUGUGUUCAAACGGAUAAUAAAACGGCUCUAAAUACGGUAGACUUUUCUUCCCAAGAAACGGUUACAUUUAUGCCAGCUGCACAUUCUUCUUUUACAGACGAAUAUAAGCCUAGAAAUCUUGACACAAAAUCGGAUGAUAAAAAAAUUAUUACACUUCACAUGGCUUCAAAUUUGGAAGGAAAAAACAGGAUCAUGUCCGAAGUAAAAAAAUUGUCGCUUGUUAAAAAGUCUUUAGAAAAUUUAAUUGUUAAUUUGAGUAAAUCAACUGAUAAUGCUACUGAUGAUCUAAAUGAGAUUAAAUAUCUAAAUGAUGCUUAUGGCGUUGAUAAAUUUCUCCAUCAAGUAACUAAAUAUCACGAACUGUUUUCUAAAAUUAUAGAUCAACUAAACAAAGCAGAUCCUCUUUUUGAUACAAAAGUAGACAACACGCCAAUAUUAUACAAAUACCCAGUCACUAAUAACUCUGUUGAGCUCCAAAAUACGAAUAGUUUCGAUAAAUUAUUAACCGUAAACAACAAUUUAGAAAGACUAGUGUCUAAUUUACAAUACGAAUUGAAAGCGUUAGGUAGAAUUUCUAGAGGUACAGGGCAAGAUCUUAUUAACCAAUGUGAUGCAGAAUCACGAAUUCUUGAUCAAGAGGAAAUGUGUCUGCGCGAUAUCGACAAAUAUUAUGAACAGUUGUCUCGUAUGAUAUCACAUGUUUCGUCAAAGUAUGAUAGAAGCCAGAGUGACGGAAUGAAUCAAUAUUUCAUAAGUCCUGCUAAUAAGGAAUACUUACAAGCAAGCUUAGAGGAUUUAAAAACUCAAACUAAAAAUCUUCAAUUUGUAAUGACAACUCUUCUAGACCAAACGACAAGAUCGCAGUUGGAUCUAAGACGAUGGCAAAAUUUCGAUAGGAAUGACAUCAAUACCUAUAAGAAAGAAUUUGAACGACGUCAAGAGACGAUUCGCGAUAAAAUGAAAAGCUUACUUGAGUUAGAAAAAGUUCUAGAAAUUAUCACGGCGACGGUUUCUGGUAUGAAAAUAAACUUAUCUGAUUCUUAUGCGAAAGGCAAAUCGCCGGGUAAAUUUGUAAUGGGAGAAUCGUUGAAAGAGAAUAUAUUCAACAAAGUAGAUUUGCUAGAAAGAAAUAAAGAUCAAGCUUUAGUAAUAGUGUACAAGUUGAAAGGAAAUAUUGAAAACUUGGGGUUAGAGAUACAGUUAAUGGAGAAAGAUAGUACAGAUGGCAUUGCCAACUUGGAAAAUUUAUUUACACGAUCUGUAAAGGGACACGGCGAAAGGAAGGAUGUUGUUUUCAAGUUAGUUGAAUCUACGGAUGAGAUAGAUCGAGCUGUAUCCGAGUUAGAUAAAAUCGUGGGUAAUACAAUUACUAAUGAAAAUGAAAUUGAAAAAAUACACAAUCCAAAGGAAACAUUAAUGUUGCAACAAUCAGAAAUGGAGAUGCAACGGCUUCGAGGCCUUAAAAAGGAACUAAAGAAUGAUAGAAAUAAUGGUAAAAUACAAGAUUUUAGGCAUGCUGCCAACAAGCAUAAAGAAUUUAUCGACAGUAUUCCUAGUAUUACUAGUGAAAUUCGACAGACUAUUAAUCGUUUGAAAGAUAUCUGGCAAGAAUUCGCCCUUCUAUCAAGCGUUCCAAAUACGAUGUCAGGAAACAGCUGGCUAUAUUUGGAACAGAAUGAUAUGACUAAAAAAAUUGAAGAAUUGGAAAAAAAUAAAUUUGAACUGGAAAGUACAAUCAAUGAUUUGAGAUCAGAAAUUUUACACACUAAGGAGGACUUUGGAAGUGAAAUGCUUAUUAAAGAUCACCAUUUAGGCAGACUAGAAGAUGAAAUCAGAAACAGUAAAAACGACAUAACUGCUAAGGAAGAAACAAUUAAAACGCUAGAGCUCCAACUCAAAGAGAUGGAGCAAGAUUUAGCAUCUUUAAAAAUCAAUUUAAGAGAAUCUCAGUCGCAAGUGAAUGAGGCAAAACUCUUGAAUGACCAAAUAAAAGGUGAACUAGAAAAUAAAACCCAUAUAGAGAAAAAAGUGAAAGACCUCCAGAAGCAGAAGAAAGAUCUUGAAAAUACAGUCAAGGAAUUGAAAUUUAAGUUAUCAGAAUCAGAUAGUAGUUUGUCUGAAAUGCAUCAACAACAAAAAAGUGAACAAGAAAAUUAUAAACAGCAUUUGGAAUCGGAACGUAGGGCUAAUGAAGAGAAACAAGAAAGGAUAAAAAGACUUGAAAAGCAAUUAGACCAACUAAAUAAUCAAAUGAGUUCAUUAAGUAAUGAUUUAGCUAAUAAUCAAGCUCGUUUAGAUCAAACUCAAGGGUUGUAUUCACAAAUCGAGCAAGAGCGUACCUUCAAAAAUAAAUUACGUGAUGAAGUUGAACUUCUCCGAGGACAAAAAUCGGACUUAGGAUUAAUUAUAGCAAGUUUAAAAGAAAAUUUGACAGAUUCACAAAAGAUACUGAAAGAAUCAGAGAAACGGCAUGAUGAGGAAAGAAGGAACUAUUUAAAUAGAUUAGAUGAAGAUAAAAAAUUAUUGUCUUCCAAGCAGCAUGCUUUGACUAAUUUGCAAGAUGAAUUAUCAACUAUUGAUACAACUAUAUCAUCCAUAAAUAACGAUUUGGGAAAGUUUUCUUUUCCAGAAUCGUCGGAAAAAGAAAUUUUAACGACAACAUUUGAUGACAAAUCGUUAUAUGAAGAUACAAAUUUUAUUAUGUCCAGUAAUUUGCAGAAAAAUGGUCAAAUGCUUAAAUCUAACGUGACAAAUAUUAUUAAUGAAUAUGAAAAAACUAAAACUGCUUUACAAGCAACUAUACAGGAUUUUAAUAAACAAAAGCAACACCUUCAACUAGCUAUCGAUUCAACUAUUGAAAAGGUAAAAAGAAAGGAUAAAAAAAUUCAAGAGCUACAACUAAAAAUUAAGGAUAUGUCUUCUACAAUAACGAAUUUAGAAAACGAUGUCAAGAUGCUACAGUUCUCGAUUCCGGAAAAUACUAGAAUCAUUAAGGAAGACGAUCAAGCAAAAUUGAUGCAUUUUCUUGAUAUGUUAAAUAAUAAAUUGUGUGCAGUAACAACAACAGUGGGUCACAUGAAGCAUUUAAUUUUUAACACCUACACUAACUUAGAUAAUGUUGAAUGCGACGAACAUGACAAGCAAAACGAAAAAUUACAUGAAAUAAAUAAUGAAGACUGUUCAUGCGGUUGUUUGACCAAAAACGAGUUUUCAAAGGACCAGCGGGUUGAUGUGCUCGAUAAGCUUAAAAUUUUAGCAGCCGAACUGGUUCAAAUUUAUAAUAAUAUGACUAAGUUAACUGGAAAGCUCAAAAAAGAUAAAGCAUCACGAACUACUAUAAUUAAUACAAAUUCUGUUCUAGAAGAUAGAGUACGUACUCUGAAAAAAGAAAAUAGAGAUUUGACCGCUUGUCUUUGUAAUGCAACUCGUGAUUUAAAUGAGUACAAAGAAAAGCUAUGCGCAGCUGAAAUGAAAUUUAAUGAGGAUAAAACAAAAUUUAAAGGGCACUGUGAUGAAUUAGAGUGCAAAAUUCUUCUGUCAGAAAAGAAAAUGAAAAUACUCAAAGAGCAAAACCACGAACUCAAGGAAAGUUUGUGCAGAACACAAUCUGAAAUACAGCAGCUUAAUCAAAAGGCUGGUGAGCGAUCCAAAAAUCUUGCUAAACUAGUACAGAUAUCUGAGCGAGAAAAUUUGUCACUGAAAAGGAAAGUAGAAGAGCUAGAAAAACAGGCCAUUGAACAGUCAGCCGAAACUGCACCAUCAAAAGCAUUAGUUGGUGAAGUACGAGAAUGUCAUCACUUGAUUGUUGUUAUACAAGCCGCUGCAGAAGAUUUAAGAUCGAAUCUAGAAGAUUUGGAAAUUGACCUGAAUGAUAGAGAAAUUAAGAACAAGCAUAUUUCUGCCCUAUAUCAAACAAUACAAAAAUCGACAGAAGAGAUGUACAGUAUCAUGGACAGCUUUGAAAAUGAUAUCACAUCUGGACUAGAACAAGAGCAAAUAAAAAAUAUAAGCGACAGUUCCAGCGACAGUGAAAAAUCAGCUAGAAUUGAAGCACCUGCCACAUGUCUACAAUAUUUCUUGGCUGGUUGUGAAGAAACUAUGAACAGAAUGCAAUAUAUCAAUCAGAGAUUAAGAGACGAAUGUUUACAAGUCAAUAUAAGCCAUUUGUCGAAAAUAUUAAAUAAACUGAAGAAAGAUUUGCCAAAGUUGCAAAAAUCUUUCCCUCGAGCUCGAGGUGGAGAUAAUUCAAAUGAAGAAAAAAGAGAGUGGUCAAAUGGCAAUAAAAUUUUGAAAACUCUGUACGAACAUUUGAAACUGUUUAGAAAAGAAGUGGACUCCAGUGGCAAUGAUAGAGAUGGGGACAGCUCACGUUCCAAAUAUUUAAAUUGCUCUAUAAAUAAAGCUGAGAAGGAACUAGAUUACUCUCUGAAUAAAUUGCAGGAUCAUUUGAGUAAAAUAUGCGAUUGCCAAACUGACGAAUUGAGCAUUAAAUCAAAAUAUAAAGAACUUGCCAAGUUAAUGUUACAAAACAAAAAGGAAAACGCAGAUUUGCAGAAAUGCAAAAACCAAUUAAAAAAAGCAAAGUUUGAACAAAAUUCAUCCACAAACUUAUGCUUUGAUGGGUUGGAUGCAAGACAAUUAAGCCUAGAAGCCCAAGAAAUUACCGAAAAAUAUCAGUGUAUUGCAAAUGAAUUGGAACGAUCCAAUGUUCGUCGAAAAGAAUUGGAAGAUGCCAACAAUUAUAUGCAGAGUGAAUUAAACAAAUUACAGACAGAAGUUGCCGUACUCAGCACCCGCUUGAAUACUUCGGAAAAUGAAAGAUUGUGUGCAAACAAGCGAAAGAAAGAUUUGGAAAACCAAGUAAAUCGUUUGAAAAUUAGUCUGGAUCAACAUAAACAAAAUGCCGAGUGCACCUUUAAAAAACUGCAUCGUAUGCAUGCUAUGUAUCAAGAAGCAAAUAAAGAAGAGAUAUCGAAUUUGAAGUGCCGAUUAUUCAAUUCGAUGCAGGAAAAUGAGUCAUUAUUAUCGGCCAUCCAGCAGAACGUUAAGCGCGAGAUUCCACAACUGAACGAGAUGCAAACUCAAGUCGAUUAUCUUAAAUUAGAUUUCUCAACAAUCUGCCCGAAUACAACAACGUACAGAUGUUCAACACCAACAUCCAACACCAUUGGCUCACCCAGAGAAUGCAAGAAAAUGAUUGCUG